AUUGUGCCCAAUAUAACCUGAAGCAGAUGAACCAUAUUGUGGCAUGUAACUCUCCUUUCAGCGUACUGACCCACCUCUACCAGCACAUUGUGGCCUUGGCAUUUGCUGUAAGUGAAAUCAAUUUAAACCCCCGACUCUUACCCAACAUCACUCUGGGCUUCCAGAUCUAUAAUAGCCAGUUCAGUACAAGCACAACCUAUCAAGCUUCAAUGGAACUUCUCUCGACUCAGGAAAGAUUAAUCCCAAACUACAAGUGUGACACCCGGAGCAAUGCAGUAGCAGUCAUUGGGGGACCUAAUUCCAAUGUCUGCCUCCAUAUGGCAACCAUCCUGAGCUACUACAAGAUGCCACAGCUUGCAUAUGGUUCCGCACCAGUACUGGAUACUGAAAAACAAGGUGCUUUCAUCCAACAGAUGUUCCCAAACGGGGCUCACCAAUAUAUGGGGAUUCUCCAGUUACUUCUUCAUUUCAGGUGGACAUGGAUUGGGGUGGUUUAUCUGGAUGAUGACAACGGAGAGAGGUUUGUGCAGAAUGUGCUUCCCAUCUUCUCCCAAAGAGGUAUCUGCUUUGCCUUCGUAGAAUGUUUACCAAAACAGGGAUCCUCCGAUACUUUUGGUGUAAUUGCGGGAAAGGGGGUCAACAUGACUGCGGGCAUCAUGGCAAGCACUGCCAGUGUGGUGGUUGUGCAUGGUGAAAUUCAGACCAUGCUAGUCUUGAGGACAUUGAUCGUUUUUUGGGAAUUCAAUAGUGGCCUAAAGAAUGCAAAACUCCUGGUUAAGACGGCUGAAAUGGAUUUCACAUCAUUUCAUUUGCAAAGACAGUGGGACACAGAAUUCAUCCAUGGUGCUCUAUCUUUUGCAGUCCACUCCGAAAGGGUGUUAGGAUUUCAUAAAUUUAUUCAGAACAGGAACCCCAUUUCAGAAAAAGAAGACAAAUUGCUUAGAGUAUUCUGGGAACAAACAUUUACCUGUCUUCUCCCUGACACCAAAGUAGACAUGGCAAAUGAGGAAAUCUGUACGGGGAAGGAGAAGCUAGACACUCUUCCAGCAUCAGUUUUUGAAAUGAGUACAACUGCCCACAGUUACAACAUCUACCUGGCUGUUUAUGCUGUGGUUCAUGCCCUGCAAUCCAUGGAUUUGUCGAAGUCCAAAAAGCAAGCAAUUGGAGGACGGCAGAGAAAGAAGUUUCUCAUUGAACACCCAUGGCAGUCGCUUCCCAUUUCUCUGUGCAAUGACGAUUGUCAUGCAGGUUAUAGAAAGGGCAAGAAGGAGGGGAAGCCACCUUGCUGUUAUGAUUGCCUUCCGUGUCCAGAAGGAAAGAUCUCCAACCAGAAGGACAUGGAUGCCUGCUUUCAAUGCCCAGAUGGACAAUAUCCAAACAAUGGCCAGGAUUCAUGCAUUCCAAAAUAUAUAACCUUCUUGUCUUAUGAAGAAACAUUGGGUCUCGGUUUGGCUCUUCUUGCUCUUUCCUUGUCUUCCAUCACAGCUUUUGUGCUGGGAAUCUUCAUUACGCACAGGGACACUCCCAUAGUCAAAGCCAACAACCGGAGCCUCACCUACACUCUCCUUGUCUCCCUGCUGCUCUCCUUCCUUUGUGCUUUGCUAUUCAUUGGCCAACCUGAGAAGGUAACCUGCCUCCUCCAACAACUUGCUUUUGGCUUCAUAUUCACUGUGGCUGUGUCAAGUGUGCUGGCUAAAACCAUCCUUGUUGUCCUAGCUUUCCGGGCCACCAGGCCAGGGUCUAAACUGAGAAAAUGGGUGGGGAAACACCUGGCCACCUCAAUUGUUCUUUCCUGCUGCCUGAUUCAAGCCAUUAUUUGUACUGUGUGGUUGUCCACCUCUCCUCCAUUCCCCUAUUUGGACAUGCACACAAUGCGUGAUGCAAUUGUACUGCAAUGUAGUGAAGGUUCCCCUCUCAUGUUCUACUCUGUGCUGGGCUUUUUGGGUUUCCUGGCCAUUGUCAGCUUCAGUGUGGCUUUCCUAGCCAGGAAGUUGCCUGACAGCUUUAAUGAAGCCAAGUUCAUCACCUUCAGCAUGCUGGUUUUUUGCAGUGUGUGGUUGUCUUUUGUUCCAACCUACCUGAGUACUAAGGGGAAAUACAUGGUGGCUGUGGAGAUCUUCUCCAUCUUGUCCUCCAGUGCAGGCUUACUGGUUUGUAUCUUUUUCCCAAAAAGCUAUAUAAUUAUGGUGAGGCCUGAGUUGAACAACAGAGAGCAGCUAAUACAGAGGAAAAAAUAA